UGGCGCGCCCGCGCCCGCGCCUGCGCGCUGGGCACCGAGCGGCCUCCAGCGGCCCGGAGGGAGUUGUUGCAAGCAGAAGACACACAAUAUUUUUUUACGAUGUCUGAAGAUGAAGAAAAGGUGAAAUUACGACGUCUUGAACCAGCUAUCCAGAAGUUCAUUAAGAUAGUAAUUCCAACAGACCUGGAGAGGUUAAGAAAGCAUCAGAUAAAUAUUGAGAAGUAUCAAAGAUGCAGAAUCUGGGACAAGCUACACGAAGAACAUAUCAAUGCAGGACGCACAGUUCAGCAACUUCGCUCCAAUAUCCGAGAAAUGGAGAAGCUUUGCUUGAAAGUUCGAAAGGACGACUUAAUACUUCUGAAGAGAAUGAUAGAUCCUAUUAAAGAAGAUGCAUCAGCAGCAACUGCCGAAUUUCUCCAACUACAUCUGGAAUCUGUAGAAGAACUUAAGAAACAGUUCAAUGAUGAGGAAACUUUAUUUCAGCCUUCUCUGACCAGAUCCAUGACUGUUGGCGGAAACUUUCCCGAGACUGAACCUGAUGCCAACUCUCAGAGUCUGACUCAGAUAUAUGCGUUGCCUGAAAUUCCUCGAGAUCAAAACGCUGCAGAAUCCUGGGAAAACUUAGAAGCAGACUUAAUUGAACUUAGCCAACUGGUCACUGAUUUCUCCCUCCUAGUGAAUUCUCAGCAGGAGAAGAUUGACAGCAUCGAAGCCCAUGUCAGCAGCGCUGCUGUGAAUGUUGAAGAGGGAACCAAAAACUUGGGGAAGGCUGCAAAAUACAAGCUGGCGGCUCUGCCUGUGGCAGGUGCACUCAUCGGCGGGGUGGUGGGGGGUCCCAUUGGCCUCCUCGCAGGCUUCAAAGUGGCAGGAAUUGCAGCUGCACUUGGUGGUGGGGUGUUGGGCUUCACAGGUGGAAAAUUGAUACAAAGAAAGAAACAGAAAAUGAUAGAGAAGCUUGCUUCCAGCUGUCCAGAUCUUCCCAGCCAAGCUGACAAGAAAUGCAGUUAGAAACCGAACUUUGUAUUCUUGACUGCCAGCUCGGUCUCUCCUGAUGAGGAAGAGGACGUUUGCUGCUGCUGGACACUCAGCCGGCCCCUGGACCUUGAGUCCAUCAAGGGAGCGGCCGGAGCCGCCCAAGUGCCAUGGGGCUGUGGCAAGUGGAGGUGGUUGGUGGUUUGCUGGACUGUGGCUGAAGAGGUGCCGGAGCCGGAGGGGCCAGGACUGGGGGCGUGGGGGACAGGGGACAGGCGGCCAGCACCAGCUGAAACAAGUUCCAAGACCUCCAGGCCUAAGAUUUUCUACUGGAAAUGUGAAUCUGGAACCCGUAACUUCGCAUAGGGCUUAAGCUAUAGAAAUUUGGACUUGGAGACCGGAAGGAGAUGCGCAGGGGUAGGAGAGUGAGGCAGGGGCACGGGAGGGCUGCCAGGAAGCCCACAGUGGGGUCCGCGUGGCGCCCCGGGCUGCAGCUUCCUCUGACUGUCUUUUCUGGGGAAGGAAGCGCAUCGCGUCAGGGACGGGAAGGAGCCCUGUCCCAGAUUGCCGCACCGGUGGCCCCGGCCACUUCUCCUGCCUCUCCUUAAAUAAAAAACCGAACCAAAAAGGAUCUCCAGUGGUAGAAGACCAUUUGAGCCAGUCACGGUGUUUGCUGGCUUACUAGCAAGUCUGCUAAAAUGCCUCCAAGAUUCAGUGCCCUUUGCUUCUGAGAAGGUCUUUGGGUGUUUUUGAGGGGGCUGAAAAGGGGGGUGAAUUCUAAGCCAUGUAUGAUGAGGACUUUUCUCAUCAUCUUUUUUUUUAAAAAAUUUUUUGCUCUUGUUCCAAUCUCUAUUCAGUCUUUCUUGUAACCUUUAGGUUAGAAGAGGGAGGCGGAGAGGAAGGCAGGAAUCUCCAAUCUCCAAAUAUUGCCAACAUUAUUAGUUUGAGCUAUUUUAUUUUAAAGUAGGGGGAAAUAAAAAUGCCGUUUCUUGGGGGUAUGUUCCAAUCUCAGGGGCCGAUACACCUACCACAGGGGAAUCCGGACCCUUGAGUCUGUGGGAGCAAAGCAGCGUUUUCUACCUCAGUGUGUCCGCCCCAUCUGCUCUCAGGGCUGGCUCGUCCCGCGUCCCUCCACAGUCUCCCCCCGCUGCCCAAGAAGGACAUCCCCUCCACCCUCUUGCCCACUCAGCAGGGCUGGGAAGAAGGCCCAGGUCAGACUCCCUCUCCCGAUGGCGGGGCUGUGGUGCUAAGCCCACUUGACGCGGCUAGCAGGCGGCAGGAAGCUCUGGAAGGCAGGCGGUUGAGGUCCACAAUAACAGACGUCCCCCGCGCUGGUACCCCCAGCGCACCUGAAAUAGGAAGGAGCCACCUCUCGGCCUUUCCCUUGACGCCUCUUUGAGGACCCAGGGAUGGGCACCUCCUCACAAGAAGAAGCCGGGAGCACACCCAGCCCAGGAGCCAGGGUGGAGGCAGGACUGGGCCACCGGCUCUCUGAUCUGUGCCCCUGAGCCACUGACUCAGCAGCCCCUGCCCUGCUGUCCUUCCCCGGGCCUCGUCUUCAGCGCUGCCUCAGCCCCAUCCCGCCAGGCCAGAGCCAGCUGUGUUCUGCAGUUGGCUGGCGGCAGCUCACAUGUCAUCCUGAGUUUUCUCAUGUUGCUAGAGCAGUCUUCGUGUGGAGACAAGUUACAGCCCUAAAAAAAAUGGUUCAUAGGGGCUGAAGCAGUAGUAGGACAGCGGGUGGGACGCUUGCCUCGCAUGUGGCCAAGCUGGGUUCAAUCCCCAGCAUUCCACAUGGUCCUUCGCACACCACCAGGAGUGAGAGCCAGGGUAGAGAGCCAGGAGUAACCUCUGAGCAUCAACGGGUGUGACCCAAAAAGCCCCCCCCCAAACAAAAGUUUCAUGAUAUAGAAUUAUUUAGAGAUUAUAUUUUUCUGUAACAGAUUUUAAUAGCCUGCCUUGGCAGAAAGUUUUAGGACUGUUUACUCAACUAUCAGUACUAUGUGAAUAAAUAAACCCAUAAGGUAUUUAGAAGUAGAAACCAGUCACUCUGACACAAAGUAAUCUUACAAUUAAGUGCCCUAAAGUAUCAUCAGAUGAUGUUUAUCUUCUUUGAGUCACUUUUUUUUUUCUUUUUACACAAUCUUUUUAAGUGAGAAGGGAAGACUUGAGUUCUUAAAACUCGUAAGGGUCCGUUUUGGUUUAGGGGACAUGCCCAGUGAUGCUCAAAGGUUACUGCCAGCCCACUGCUCUGGGGGCCAUUCAGGCAGCACUUGGGGAACCGUGCAGUCCCAGGGAUCAAAUCUGGGCCCCCUCUGUGCUCAGCAUGUGCUCAUCUUGCUCUCUGGGCCCCAGUAAGGGUUCACUCUGCAUAGUGGCAGCAUUUCUAAAGACAUAUCGGCCCUGAUACUCUGAGACUUCUCCGCGGAUUGGAGAAUUUGAACUGUUUUGGUUGUAUCCGUUGCUUUAAAAAAAAAUUGCAUUAUGCACAGUGGAUCCAUAAUCAGGCCAUUAUGUGAAUACUCUCUGGUGUUUUUGUUGUAAAAUAUGUUGGUUGCAAUCCACUGACUGAUUUCCUAAUAUUCAGAGUAUAAGAACACUCUCAGGGAAGAACCGGGGUUUCCUGAGUAGUGUGUUUGCUGGGUACUCUCCAGGCCGAUUACAGGUAAGGAAACUGAGGCUCGGGGAUAAACUUCCAGAGGUUACCAACAAUAGAAGAUGAAGCUAGCUGGUUGGGAGUCUGGUACUACAGAGCCUUCCUUGGACUCUCACACCUUGCUGCUCGCUGAACAAAGUUGAGAUGGCCACUUCUCCCCGUCACCCAUGCAUCUGUAAAGCAAGUUGGCUUUGCAGCCACCCACGACAGCCCUUUGCAUUCCUUCAUUAAAAUCCUGUCCCUCCUCAAAGGGCUGAAUAGGGACUGUGGCAUUUGUACACAGUGCUGAGCUUGGCCCUUAGAUGCUAACAUUAAAAUGACUUAUCCCACCCACAGAUCCUGCAAAUAUGCUUAAUAUCUGUGGGGUCCAGUUUCCAAGCCAGACCAGGCCAGGACAGCUGAUGGGAAAGACCAGACUCAGCAGGGGCCUGAGAUGGCAAUUACAUUAAUUUUCUGAACCUUCAGUGUGGUAUUGUCUGUGAUCUCAGAGCCAAAGCCUGGGGGCCUUUUCUGUAGCAACAUGGAUUCCAGAAUUGCCCAGCUCUUAAGAUAAAUUUGGCAACUGAAUAUUUGAGGGAAAAAAAGCACUCAAAAAUAUGUGUCAUUCAUAUAUUUCUCAAGUACUUGAAAUCUACCUAUAUUUAGUUGUUAACUGUAAUUUUCUACAUUUAAUCUCCAAAAAGAUGUUUACCGGGCUUCAUUGGUUAAAACUCCAAAGACAUUUUCCAUUUUAUUGUCAAAUCCCUGGUAUUUAUGAAGUAAAUACAAUACCCAGUAGUUAGAAUUUCUGCAACUUGUAGAAAGCAUAUUGUUAGGAUGAUGUUGGCUGAAUGACUAUUGUAUAAGGAAAACCUGCAAUAAAGUUACACAAUCCGAAACCAUUUAACUGAAUGCCUGUUU